UAGAACUGCCAAAGGCAGUCAUAACAAUAAUUACAUUUAUUAAUUUAAUUAAUAAUUGUACAUUAGUAAAAAUAGCUGUUAGUGCUGUGAAAGAAAGUUUUGAGUUGCAAAUAAAUUGUUCUGAUUACAAUGGCGACUUCCAAAUACUUAUUUGCGUUAGCCGUGCUAGUGGCGUCCAGCUAUGCUGCUCCAAACCAUGAGCCAAUCCCGCUGAAGAUUCCUGAUGAAUGUAAAGGCAAGGGCUUUUGUCCCAUCAAGCCUGAAGGAUACGAUGCAAUGGAGAAGUUCAUUACCCACCUCCUAACCGACAAGUUUAUUGCAAGCAUGGGAGAUCGAAAUGGAAUUGCCGUGUCAAAGGAAGAAUUAUCACCGGAAGAAGACUGGCAUAACUGCCCUUACAGAAAAACGGUCCAAUCAAUGUACACAUACAGCCUCUCGAAUGAGACCAACGACUUCGAUUAUAUCAUCCAGCACAAACUGCUUACCCAACCGAUCGAAAUUGUUACUUGCGCGACUGAAAAAAUCAAGCCCGGAUCGAGUGAGGAAUGCUUCCAAGACAUCGGUCUGAGUUCCUUCAAAAUGAAGUCUAUGUGCCAGACCACGACAUCCAAGCGCAGUCUUCUGGUUUACGACUAUAAGACUGGGCAAAUCAAGAAGAAACCUUUCGAUGUCCCAUGCUGCUGUUCUUGUGUUGUAUCCGAAACAGUUUAAUUAUUUGCCUAAAAAUAUAACAUCAUCAGCCUGCCUCUUCUCCAAGUAUGUUGGGGUCGGCUUCUAACCAGUCUUAUGGGAUGCAGCUGAGUGCCAGUAUUUUAUAAGAAGCGACUGCCUAUCUGACCUCCCCAACUCAGUUAACUGGGCAACCCCUAUGUAAGACUGGUUAUCAGAUUAUUUCAACGUCAUCAAACAGGAUAUUUUGUGUAAGAAUUAGUGCAUCGGUCCGAUUAUUUUCCCUUGUGGCAGACUUUAAUUUAAAUCGAGUUUUAGUGCUAUUUUUUUAAGAUUGUCUAAAGUAGCUUUUAAUUAACGAAUGUAAUGUAUUUGUAGCAUAGAUGACAGAGCGUUACUCAAGUAAAACCAUUGUACGGUAUCAUUUCAAAGACUGAUUUAAAUAAUUAUUUUUAUACCAAUAUUAAAAUUAGAUUAUUGUAUUUUUCUAGCCACACAGUUAAAUUGUUUUUAUGUAAGCUAUUAAAGUAUGUUAAAGUUUAAGUAAUGCUUGAAUAAAUUAGUAUUAUGAAUUAAACAUAUCC